AUGUCAUCGGAAGAGCUCGAGGCUCUCCUUGCUGCACCGGCACUCGAGCCCCCGCCGGGUGUCACUGCCAACUUCGACAAUCCGCCCAACCGUAAUGGCCUCGCCUGGGGCGUGACGACAGCUUGCACCGUCAUUUUGACUUUGUGCCUUCUCAUCCGCCUCUACGCACGGACUUGGAUGGAAAAGAAGCUUCGUGUUGAAGAAGCCUUGAUGCUCUGUGCAUAUGGAGCCUACUGGGGCACAGCAUACGCCGGUUAUUCCCUGAUCUUUUCGCCUGGCUACUAUGUCCACACCUGGAAUCUCCGCAAUGGAGACCUUGUCUAUCCGCUUUGGCUCAUUCUCAUCUACGGAAGCUGCUACUCAGCCGUGCAGCCAUUGAUUAAGACUGCCAUCCUGCUAGACUGGGCUCGUAUCUUCGUCCCCUCCGACAAAUACAAGAACACAUUUUGGUGGGGCUGCAUGGUCAUUUCCGGCUUUCAAUGCCUCUGGGGGGUUCUUUGCAUUAUUCUUCUGAACAUGCAAUGCAUCCCACACAAUGCCAUCUGGGAAUUCUACGUUCCAAGCAAAUGUUACGAACUGCCCAAGGUUAUGCUGUCGUCGGGCAGCAUCCAGGUCAUUACCGACAUCGCCAUGGUAUUGCUGCCGCAAAAGAUGAUUUGGGGCCUUCACCUAAACUGGCAAAAGAAACUGGGUGUGUCCAUCAUUUUCGGAGUCGGUGUCAUCGCCUCGGUCGCAGCCUGUUUCCGCCUUGCCCAUACAGUUGCUUUCUCCAAGACGACGGACAGCAUGCACCUAAUCGGGCCGCUCCUGUUCUGGGCGUGCGCCGAAAUGACAUGCGGCUUCUUCGUCUUGAGCAUACCCUGUCUCCCCAAAAUCGUCAAGGAGUCCCCGCUUCCCCGCAACCUCAAGAAGGCGCUCGGCCUCAGCUCCAAGACCGCCGAGGCGGCGUCCAACGGGUACAACUCGAGUGGUUAUGUCUACGGCUCGCGCUCCGGCUCGCAUCAUAUUUCCAAGGUGUCAAAGUCGGGAGUAGCCACGAACUCUUACUGCAAGAUGAAUGAGGAAGGCACGUCCUUAUCCAACCUCGACAGGUCGGAAUCGCAAGAGCAGUUGAGAGAUGGCAGUUACUACAACGUAGAUGGAAAGACAACGGUUCAGGUGACGCACACAACAGAGAUUACCGUCACCGACGUCGAAGCACAUUCCGCUAGUAGUUUCAGAGAAGGCGCCGCUCCGUGGACGAGGCAGGAGGUGGCAAGACAUUAUGUUUGA